CGGGCGCCCGUGGCAUCUCCAGCUCCGGGUCCGGUGCAGGGUCCCGGGUCCGGGGUCCCGCGUGGUGGGCGGUGGCCACCAUGAACUUCUCCGAGCUGUUCAAGCUCUCCAGUCAGCUCUGCAAGUUCUCCCCGGACGGCAAGUACCUGGCUUCCUGUGUCCAGUACCGGUUAGUGGUCCGGGAUGUGGAGACCCUUCAGAUCCUUCAGCUGUACACGUGCCUGGACCAGAUCCAGCACGUCGAGUGGUCGGCCGACUCUCGCUUCAUCCUGUGUGCCAUGUACAAACGGGGGCUGGUGCAGGUGUGGUCUUUGGAACAGCCAGAAUGGCACUGCAAGAUAGACGAGGGGUCGGCAGGGCUGGUGGCUUCCUGCUGGAGCCCCGAUGGACGUCACAUCCUCAACACGACCGAGUUCCACCUCCUCUUGCUGGUAGGAAUCUCCUUUUCCAGGGACGGCCGCUACCUGGCCUUGGCCGAGAGGAGGGACUGCAAGGACUACGUGAGCGUCUUUGUCUGCAGCGACUGGCAGCUGCUGCGGCACUUUGAUACCGACACCCAGGAUCUCGCGGGCAUUGAGUGGGCCCCGAACGGCUGUGUGCUGGCCGCGUGGGACACCUGUUUGGAGUAUAAGAUCCUGCUCUACUCCCUGGACGGCCGGCUCCUGUCAGCGUACUGUGCUUACGAGUGGUCCCUGGGCAUCAAGUCCGUGGCCUGGAGCCCCAGCAGUCAGUUCCUGGCGGUCGGGAGCUAUGACGGGAAGGUGCGCGUGCUGAAUCACGUGACGUGGAAGGUGAUCACAGAGUUUGGACAUCCUGCAACCAUUGGUGACCCUAAAAUAGUGGUGUAUAAGGAAGCCGAGAAGAGCCCGCGGCGGGCGCUGGGCCGCCCUGCCUGCCCUCCUCCCAGGGCCGCGGAGAGCAGAUAUGAGAUCGCCUCGGUGCCAGUAUCCUUACAGACUGUGAAACCCGCUGCCGACAGGGCGAACCCGAGAAUCGGCGUGGGAGCACUGGCCUUCAGUCCGGACAACUACUUCCUGGCCACGCGGAACGACAACGUCCCGAACGCCGUCUGGAUCUGGGACAUAAAGAAGCUGAGACUAUUUGUGGUGCUUGAGCAGCUGUCCCCUGUGCGCGCCUUCCAGUGGGACCCGCAGCAGCCCCGGCUGGCGCUCUGCACGGGAGGCGGCAAGGUGUACGUGUGGUCGCCAGCGGGCUGCGUGUCCGUGCAGGUGCCCGGGGAAGGUGACUUUCAGGUGCUUUCUCUGUGCUGGCAUGUAAAUGGGGACUCACUGGCCCUCCUCAGCAAGGACCACUUCUGCCUGUGUUUCCUGGAAACGGAGGCCGGGGUUCGCACAGCCUUCGGACAGCCGGACAACUGCGUGUAGGCCGUGCGCCAGCGCCCGUGUGUAGUGGAAGGACACUCGGCACGUGUCCACUGUGGGGAAGGAAGGGGCUUCUGGGGGCAGCUCCCACCACGGCAGUCCAAAUGACAUGACUUAUUUUUCUAUAGCAAGCCUUUUGUAAAUAUGUAUGGUAUACUGUAAUUUUUAUUUAAAAUAAAUAUUUACUAAUUCA